UCUCGCACUUCCCAUCUGUCCCUUUGAGUCCUUGAAGCUUGAUUGCUGAGGGGGAGAAUCUCUGGAAUCUCACUCGUGAGGAGUGUAUAGAAGCUACUUUCUCAACUGGCCUUGUCAGCAACGGCGACAACGAUGACGAGCAUUCUGUCCUUGCUGUCGCUGCCAACAUCUGCGACUGCCUUCACCGACGUCGAGAGCAAUAUUUCAGAUGAUGGGUCGGCUUCUCCUCUUCGCAAGGUCCCUCGAUUGGACUCAGACUCUGACAUUUCCUCUGCCGCCAGGUCUAAAUCCGCAGGAAGAAGCGGCGGUGUAGUAAACAUCAGCAUCAUUGGUGACCACAUAAAGACAUCAAACAUGGAGCAAUAUUACCAGUCUAUUGCGAAACGGACGCCGAGGUUCCUGUUUACCCGUGAAUCGAUUGCUUCCUUGCCUUCGACAUACGAGCAGGUAUUCAAUAGCUGUCGUUAUGUUGUCUCUGUUGCCAAGGACGGUGCUACUUUGUACACUGUUCUCAAGCUAGAGAUACAGCAAUGCGUGGAGAAAUUGGCCCGCGAGCUUACCUCGUCGAAGGAAGAGGGAGUCCAAUGGUUACCGAAAUUUGUGGAGAUAUGCGAGUGGUAUGAGACCCAGGUGGCGACAUUGCAGUCCUUAUUUUCGUUUCUGGACCAGAUAUACGUUGCUAAACAGAAAGGACUACAGGACAUUGGAUCUCAUGCAUAUUCCUCUUUCAAUUCUCACGUCUUUGGCAACAUCGGAAUCGCAGAGCGGCUCAGAUCAGGCAUCGCACUGUGGGCUGAACAUGAACGAAAGACCAACUCUCAACAUGCAUUGCGAGAAUGCAUUCCGAAGCUCAUGACUCACAUCGCGACAUUCGGACAAUAUUCGGCUUUUGAACAGUUCUACAUCGAUAUGACCCGUGAGCAAUACUGCCGGGAAGUCCAGGACCUCAUCGGGACAUUUGGAGGGCAUCCGGACGCCGAAAAAUUCUACAUCAACAUAACUGGCGGACAAUACAGCAAACAGGUUCAGGAUCUCAUUGAUAGAGGUAUCAAACCGACAGAAUACUUUGAGCAUGUUCGCAAGAGAAUACAGGAGGAGAAUGCUCGCUCUGCGGAUGUCCUACCCCCUCAAAGCUGGAAUGCGGUCCGUAUCUCCACUGAAAAGGCUCUGUUAGAUGGAAAUGUCGAUUGGCUUGCACUAGGAACAUUGAGAUCCUACAUGGAAGCGAGAGACUUCAAGUCCUUGUCGGACCUGUACAAGUUAUACGUGAGAGUAGGGGGAGAGAAGGUUCUUUGCGCCGUCUUCCGUGGAUAUACACAAACAUCUAUCAGCGACAUCGUGACAGACAAGGCUCGAGAUGAUGAGAUGGUCCAUCGCCUCCUAGAGCUUCGCGAACUCGCCAACAUAGCCAUAUCCACGUCCUUCUGUGACGAAGAUUACAUGGGAGCCGCAUCUACGAGUGCGCCACCUCCGACCAAGGGGAACCAGGAAUUCGUGUAUGCGCUCAGUGAUGCGUUUACCCAUGGAUUCAAAGCGCGCAGAAACAAGCCUGCAGAGAUGAUUGCUACGUAUCUCGACAAGUUGAUGAGACGUGGACAAGGUGCAAGCAGCGAGGAUUCCCACACAGCGGCGUUGGAUGCCGCUCUGGCGCUGUAUAGGUUCACGGAGGACAAGGAUGUCUUCAGGACAUUCUACCAUCGACAACUAGCCAAAAGGCUGUUAUUGGGCCGAAGUGCCUCGGACGACGUGGAGAAGCGGAUGCUAAAGAAGCUGCAGGAUGAUUACGAUCCCGAAUUUGGUCAAGCAGAGAAGAUGUUCAAGGAUCUCGCACUCUCCGGAGACUUGGUUCAGGAGUUCCGCCGGAAGCACGGUCAGGAUGAACUCUACGUCAACGUCCUUGAACGAGGGGGUUGGCCGUUUUCGUUACAGCGCACGCGGAUCGACCUACCAGCGGAGAUGCAGGAGCAGCUGAACAUGUUUACAAAGUUCUAUGAUCAGAAACACCAGGGCCGGAAACUGGUGUGGGAUCAUGCUCUCAGCACGGUGAUACUGAAGACUCAUUUCGAGGCUGGCUCGAAAGACCUUUCUCUUAGCUUGUACCAAACUAUCAUCGUGUUACUCUUCACGGACGUGGACGAGGUCUCGUUUACUGACAUCAAAGCGCAGACGCGUAUGGAUGACGCGGAACUGCGACUUACCCUGCAGAGCCUGGCGUGCGGUAAGAAGAAAGUCUUGCUGAAAGUUCCCCCGGGCAAAGACAUCAUGGACUGGGACAAGUUCCGGUUCAACGUUGGUUUUACUGACCCCCGGCAGAAGAUCCAUAUCAAUUCUAUCCAGGCGAAGGUUUCGGAACAAGAGUCGCAAUACACACAAACUGCUAUUGAGAGCGACAGGAAGAGCACGUUGGACGCGGCAAUUGUGCGGAUCAUGAAAGGGCGCAAGGAGUUGGCGUAUGAGAAGCUCAAGGUAGCGGUGAUCGAGGCAGUGAAAGGACACUUCAUGCCUCCCGUUGAUCUUAUCAAGAAGAGGGUGGAUUGGUGUGUGGAGAACGAGUACCUGGAGAGGGACGAGAAGGACAAGAGUUUGUUCAGAUAUGUUGCCUGAGGGUAGUCCGAUUCUGGCAUACUACGUUCCGUUCUACGUACCAUUACGCGAAAUUCUCAUCAGCGUUUCAGACCCAUUGGAAAUCUCCCUCUUUCUCUCAACGCCGUUAUUUAUUUAUUUUUCCGUAUUUCGAUACGAUGUUAUAGACUCACUGCUGUCAAAAAUCGCUGCGCGUACUACAGUG